GGGAACCUGGGACCCUCCCCACGGGGGCUCCUUCUCACAGGAGAGGGGCAGAGUGUGGGCUCAGGGGCCUCAGCCCACAGUGCAGCCUGGGGUGUUGGGGUGACAGCCCCCUAACACAGCUCCUCUUCUCCCUCAGGAGUUUUCCCCCACCAUCCCUCUCAGCCCACCCGAGCCCUGUGGUGGAGGCAGGAGUGAAGCUAACCCUCUCCUGCAGCUCAGAGACAGCAAAGGGCACUUUCCACCUUCUGAAGGAGGGGGGCGCUGACCCACCCCUCUUCAUGGAACAUCGACUCUCCCCUGGGAGACCCCAGGUCCUCUUCCCUGUGGGCCCCGUGAAUGCCUCCCACAGGGGCACCUACAGGUGCUACGGCUCCUCCAGCUCCUACCCCCAGCAGUGGUCAGAGCCCAGCUACCCCCUGCAUCUCGAGGUCACAGGGGUGUUGGAGGCACCCUCCCUGGUGGCCCAGCCAGGCCAGCUGGUGCUGACUGGGGACAGCCUGACCCUGCAGUGUCGCUCCCAGACCGGCUUCGACACAUUCACCCUGACCAGGGAAGAAGGUCCCUAGGACCCAUGGUGGCUGGAUGGGCAGCACAGCCCUGACUUCCCCCUGGGCCCCGUGAACAGCUCCCAUGGGGGCCAGUACUGGUGUCUCAGGAGACACAGCCUGGCCCACAUGUGGUCAACCCCUAGUGACCCCCUGGACCUCCUGGUGGUGGGUGAGGAGCCCCCCAGGGUGCUGUGCCUCCCUACCCCUGGGUGAUGGUGCAGGGAGGGGUGCUGGGAGGAGGCUGGGGCAAGGAGUAGGGGGAGGAGAGGAGGGACCCCAGAGGGGUGGGGUCUGGGAGUGCCACAGAAGGAUCCCUGGAGGAUGGGGGCCCCAGACAGGGUCUCUGAGGUGGGGGCUGCUGU